GUGUUAAGGAGGAGAAGGGAACGGAUUGCUAACCCGAGCUAGCCGGAUCCCUCCCGAUUAUAGAAAACACGGCAGUGCGUGGCCAUGCACACACGGCAGGAUUAAAUCCGUGAGAAAAAAGCACGCUUUGGAAUACAAAAAAAGGGACGAGAGGACUACUUUUCUUGCGGAAUAACAAAGCCGGUGUGGAUUUUGCAUUAAAAAAAUCUGAGCCAGCUGGCCUAGCCGGACUCUGGGAGCUCGUCUCCCAAAAACAACAAGAAUGGGGUCUAGCUCCACUCCGAAUAGCUAGUAAAGAGUGACCUUUAAUUGCAGAAUGGCAAAUUUCACGAAUUACCAGGAGGGUAAAGCAGUGAUGUUGAUGGUGGAGGCGCACGGUACAAAUGGAGACGGAUCGGUCGGGGAACCCCCUUCCCAGUUAAUUAAUAUCGGAAGCGGUGCUGGUGGUAGUUCUCGCUUGCAUCAACAUCUACCGCCCUCCAACCACCACAAUCAGUACCAGCUGGCCCCACAGCAGCAGCAUCUUUCCGGGGAAAACAUUGCAGAGUCUCCAGGCUGCAGGAAAGCCUCUUCUUCUUCCAACGCGGAGGAAUCUGCCGCUUCGCCCGCCGUUAGCGGCAGCCAUGUCUACGCGGCGGUGAGCGUUAAUAACACCUCCGAUGUUGUGGAUGAUAUUCGCAAAUGUGGCUAUUUAAGGAAGCAGAAACAUGGACAUAAGAGGUUUUUUGUGCUCAGGGCUGCCAGUCACCUCGGUCCGAGCCGCUUGGAGUAUUAUGACAGCGAGAAGAAAUUCAGGAGCAGCCUGCGCUCUGCUGCCGCUGCUGCUGCCGCGUCUGCUGCAAGCGGUGGAGUUGUGGCCGCUUCUCCCCCGAAAAGGGUUAUUUACCUCUACCAGUGCUUCACGGUGAACAAAAGGGCGGAUUCCAAAAACAAACACCUCAUUGCGCUUUACACUAAGGAUGAAUAUUUUGCCAUUGUGGCGGAAAACGAGCUGGAGCAGGAGGACUGGUACGUGGCUGUCAGUGAGUUGAUGUGUGAGGGCAAAAAAGGGCAUGUGGAUUCAGAUGAUUUAGAUGAUGGAUAUGGUACUGUCACCCCUGGUACUGUGUUUAAAGAGGUGUGGCAGGUGAAUGUGAAACCUAAAGGACUGGGUCAAACUAAAAACCUCACAGGUGUUUACCGGCUAUGCCUCUCAACGAAAACGGUUCACCUGGUAAAGUUGAACUCUGAAACCCCCUGUGUUAACCUCCAGUUGAUGAAUAUCAGACGCUGUGGACAUUCAGAAAGUUUCUUUUUCAUUGAGGUGGGUCGCUCCUCCUCUAUCGGGCCCGGGGAGAUAUGGAUGCAGGUGGAUGAUUCUGUAGUGGCCCAAAACAUGCAUGAAACCAUCUUGGAGACGAUGAAAGCCCUGAAAGCUUUUGCAGAGUUUCGGCCCAGGAGUAAGAGCCAAUCAUCCGGCUCCAACCCGAUGCCCUUCAUCACAACGCGGCGCCACCUUGGAAACCUGCCUCCGAGCCAGACGGGACUCCAGCGGCGGUCGAGAACAGAGUCAGUCGUCGGCACGCCACCGUCGAGUAAAAGCUCCGGGGCGAGUGGUUAUCGCUUCCGAACAUCCAGUGAGGGCGAGGGGACGAUGAACCGGCCGUUUCGCUCCGCCACAGGAAGUUUGGUUCACCUCAACUCUGCACGGGCCCAUCAUUGUCGUCAGGAAGGCGCCGGCAGCAGUGGUGUCGCUACAGGAAAUGCUGGUACGAGCACAGGAAGUGGACGCUACGUCAGAGCCAUCCAGGGGUCGUCGUCCGCUUAUCAUGCCCGCUCCGCCUCACUCCCAGUCUCCCACUUCCCCUCCACCACCAGCCCAGUUAGCGUAUCCUCCAGUAGCGGCCAUGGCUCCGUUUCCGACACACUAACCCGCCCGUCGAGCGCCUCAAUAUGCGGCUCUCCAUCCGAUGGAGGCUUCAACUCAUCGGAUGAAUACGGAUCCAGUCCCGGCGACUUUAGGUACUUCCGGGUACGGAGCAACACGCCAGACUCCCUCGGAAACACGCCGCCAAUCAGAGAAGAGAACUGUCUAAACGACUACAUGGCGAUGGGCUGGAACCGGGAAGUGUUCGGCACCAGCUCUGGAAACAACAGCGGAGGAGACACGCCACGAGACGAAAACACGUCGACGACGGAAGAGGACCGCUUUUCUUCAUCGUCGCUGAGGAGGAGGACGCACUCGUUCUCCAGAGCGGCUGCUGCUGCUGCUGCUGGCGGCAGUGGAGCGACCGGUGGUUCUGGGGUAGCAGUUUACCAGAAAAUGACCCAGACCAACUUCUCAUUGGAUGAAGGGUCGGAUAUCGUGUUACCGUUUGGCAGUGGGUUGCUUCGUGGCGGGCCUUCUUCCUCUUCCUCAUCGCUACGAUCCGACUACAGCUCCUGCUCCGAGCACAGCCAGCCGAGCCGACCCUCCACCCUCUCCCGUACCGAAACCAGCUCUGAUCGCCCUCCUCCAUCUUCCUCUUCCUCUGCUAAAGAAGACAGCGGCUACAUGCCUAUGAUGUGUGGCGUGGCUUCAUCGUCGCAAGACACUCCCCCUGACUACAUGCCUAUGCAACCCGGCUCUUACCCCCACCCCGUCUCUAAUUCCCCGCAGUUUCACAGUCCAGCUUUAGGUCACCGUUCAGCCCACCAGCUCCAGCCCCAAGACUCCCACGGCUACAUGAUGAUGCUCCCAGGGGGCGGAGGCUCUCCUUCCCCAGGACAUCCGGCCUCCCCCAGCCCUCACAGUAGCUCCAGCAUGCCCGAUGGGAGUGACAGCAUAGCAGAGAGACCAGAAAAUGGAGAAUAUAUGGACAUGUCGUACUGCAGCGGUGGGUCACGAAAGCCCCCGAAUGAAGGGAACGGUGGGUAUUAUACACCUGGUACACCUGAGGGCACCCCAAAGUCUUACAGCCCUUAUUUCUCCCUCCCUCGCUCCUACAAAGCCCCCACCAGAGAGAGAGAUGAGAAGGAAUAUGGGGAGUAUGUUCCCAUGAGUUCUCCUGCCAAGCCAGUUUUUUCAUCCAUUGCCACAGCUUCCAUGUCAACACCAGAGAAAAGGGCUGGGGGAGGCAGUAGCGGCAAUUUAACCCCUUCACACCCACCCCCGCCUUACGGUGCUCACCACACGACCGCAGCGAUGGGCGACAGACGCGCCGAGAGGCCGAACCGCCUUCCUUUGGGCCGAAGAAGUUUCCACGGUCCACUGCGGGUUAGUGAGCCCCCCACGGCGUCUUCAGGCACCUCAACAUCUGUCCCCGCCACCGUCAGCUCCUCCGAAAGACCCUCAAGUCCCGGAGAGUAUAUUAACAUUGAGUUUGGCGAUCACUAUCCUCACCAACAACAGCCCCCCGAUUAUCCCCACGCUGUCCAAGACGAAGCGCCUUCUUCAAGUGACCGCCGCUCCUCCCCUCACCAGGAUUAUAUGAGUGUGGAGGUGGGGGCAGAUCAGCAGGACGCCUCUGGAUGUAAAAAACAAUCACCCAGACCCAGUCUAGUCGCCCCCUGGAACCCACCGAGCUACAUCCGACCGCUGGCUACCAAUCCUGGGGCCUCUCCUGGAGCCGGAGAUCACUGGAGGUCGAAGGGCGACGACUACACGGACAUGACGUUCAGCAGAGGGGAGAGGACUCAAAGCAGUCCGACAGCCAUGCUGCAGCAUCUCUGUGUGAUAGAGGGACGUUACGGCCACCCUCCCCCCUCCUCUUCCUCACCCCCUCUCCUUCCUCUCACCCCUUCGAGCCCAGGAAGGGUGCAGACACAACAGCUGGAGCCCAAGGUGGUUCGAGCCGACCCGCAAGGCCGACGGAGACACAGUUCAGAGACUUUCUCCUCCACAUCUUCCUCUAAUUCAACUCCGUCUGGACUUGUACCCUCAGCAAACCCCCCAACAGUGGCCAACCCCACAGCCCCUUACCUAGCGGAGGGUCAGACUUCCAGGUGGACCAGCUCGGCGUCUUUCGACAGCAUGUGGGUGUCCAUGGAGGGUCUCGGCGGGGAGUCACCGGUUCACCAUGCUCCUGUAAGAUCCAUGGAAAUGGGUGCAGCAUCUGCAUCAUCAUCAUCCUCUGGAGGCGGCAGGAUGUGCAGGAACAUGUCUGUGGGAUACCAGAACGGCCUGAACUACAUCGCCUUGGAGCUGCGGGAGGACGGGAGUAACGCGGGAGUAACGUCUGGAGCCGGGAGCAGCAACGGGGUUUUGGCGUCGACGCCGGGGACGGUGCCGACGCCGGAGAACGGAGCCUACGCCAGCAUAGACUUCACCAAAUCAGACGGGGUCACGACGACAACGAAGGACUGAGCGUCGGGAUAAUGGUUCCCCUUCUUCCUCCUCCUCCUCUUCCUCCUCAUCUCUCUGGUCGGGGCUCUCGACCUUUGACCUCUUCACACAGACGGAGAAGCCGCUCUGGAUGCAGAAAAACAACAACAACAACAGAUGACUAAAAGGCUUGCAUUUUUUAUAAGUGUAUUUUAUCAUUAUUUUAGUGUUUUUUAUGCAUAUCUUGUCCUGUUUUAUUUUUUAAUAUAAUUUCCCCCCUCUCACAAUCAAUGCUGCGAGUGUACGCUGCUUUUUCAACAGACUUUGGUGGGGGGGGGUUAAAAAGAGCCUCAUUAUCAGGCUCUCCAUACGGUAUUAAAAAAGGGACGCUGGAAGCAACGGCAUUAUUGGUACGGACUUUUAUGUUGCGUUGACUUUAAAAUAUGAUUUUAAUUCUAUUUUGUACCCCCCAUGCAUUAUCCUUCCUCAAUAUGGUACCGUACAGUUAUGACAUAAGUUGGAGUAGAUUUAUUAUAAUAGAUUACCCAAAUAAAUGGUACAAGCUCACAGGUACUGCGAUUGUUCCCAAAUACCAUCUUUAACACAGUGUACUGAAACAACCUUAAAACGAUUACCCUCCUCAUGUUCUGUAGCACAUAUUAUAUAUUUAUUUGUUGCAAUAGGUACAAAUAUUCCGGUACAUUUCUUUGUUUGCUUUCACUACAGCGAUGGUACUCUGCAAUGCUGGAAAGUUUUAUUGUUUUUUAUUCAUUACUGAUGUGUUUAAAGGGGUCGUUUUUGGCAAAAGCUAUGAGGCUAGUUAGCUUAGCAUAAAGACUGGAAGCAGAGGGAAACAGUUAGCCGAGUCUGAAUUUUUCAAAUGAGACAUUACAGUAUCUUUUGAAGCUUAUAGUUUGACAUUUUAUAACUUGUAUUGUUCAAUCUGUACAUACAACCCAGGUGUAAAGUUAAUAAUUCAUGUUUUAUGGGCUGUUAUUAUGGAGGACAAUUUCCUGAAGUCUUGUUGUCCUUCCCUCUCGUAAAUCCAUUUCGUAAAAUGCCGAAAAGUACCCUUUGGCUUUUGUGCAGGUUAAACCAAAAAGAUAUCACAUCAUUAUUGAGAUCUCGAGUAACUGACAGGUGGAUUUUGUUGACCUUAAAACAGAGCUAGGCUAGCUGUUUCCCUCCGUCUCAAGUCUUGAUGCUAAGCUAAGCUAGCAUCAUCGAAAACCUGACGAGCAGAAAACUAUUCCUUUAAAAAAAAUGACAUGAGGAAUUAGCUUGUAGCGGUUUUGGAAACUCGACUUUGACUUAUCCGGUCCUAAAGCAGGUUUUUUUUUUCAUUUUUGUUUUUCUUAAGUUUGACCUCAUAUGGUCCGUAGCACAGUUCAGGUUAGCGAGGGAAAGACACACACACACACACACACACACACACACACACACACACACACACACACACACACACACACACACACACACCAGUGUAAAAGGUUAAAGCACAAAGUACAGAUGCUGACACUGGGAUGCAAACAUAACACCUAUGCACACAUACACACAAAAUAUCUGCAAGUGAAGUGUGUACCUUACAGCUGUGGCAUUUAUAUACACACACACACACACACACACACACACACACGUCAUAAAGACACAUUUCACGGUCAUGUGGCGUCUCCCAUGUCUGCUCUAUUUAGGCCCCCAUUUUGGCUCUUUGUCAAUGCUCUCUUGACGCACAAACACACACACUCACACACACUUGGUGACGCAAAGGGGUUUCCAGUAACCUGAGCUUUAGCCCCAGGUGCAGCGCGCUGGUCACACUCGCCCCGCUACAAACUCUCACACACCCGUAUAUGCACACGCACACACAUUCGGACAGGCGGUGGACACACACAUCAAUCACAGUCCUAUCUGAACGCUUGCUGCCUCUUCACACACACACACACACACACACACACACACACACACACACACAUACUUUAACAGACUUUAACAGACUGACACGCCCAUAUUUAGCCUUUCUACUUUUCUCCUCUCCUAUUUCUAGACUGACAGCCCGCAGAAUUGCAAUUUUUUUUUCCAGCAUUCGCUCAUCUAAUGCUACAAAUGCUUCCCUUCUUUUUAAUCCUCCCACUCUUUGUUUUGUUGUUUUGAAUUCAUUUAGACUGAAAAGGCCUGUCACUCUCGCUGCUCUUUUGUGUGCGACGCAUCAUUGUGGUGCCGCACAGCAGGAAAUCUGAGCGACUGAGCCGAGUGUCUUUAAAUAAUCCUCGUUUGAAGACGGUUUUGUGUCGAGGUUUAAGCGGAAAAAAACGUCGGUACAGAAACUCCACUUCCCCCUCCCUUAUCAUCCACAUUUCAAACGGUCUGAUUUCAAACCCACCAAAUGCUGUUUUUGAAGCCUGUGACGUGUCUUAUAUGUACAUUACGAACAAUCUGACAUACUUUUCAUUUGCCCCGCUCGUCGGACGAUCAAAUAAUAUUAAGGCUGCUGCCCAAGAACAUUUUCUUAUGUUUUGUGUACUUGCUAUGCUACAGCGAAGUGUUGCUUUUUGAGUUUUAUUUUAUGGUAAAUGCAAGAUUUUUUUUUUUGGGGGGGGGGGGAUUUUGAAAGAAGCCUCUGUAACUUAUUUGAAGCAUUAUUCAAAAAAUGGCUAAAUGUUGUUCAUGUCUGAUUGCCUUCAUGUUGGAUUUGACCCCCUUUUUUUUAAACCAUGACCUUGAAUUGAUUUACACAGAAUCUGUGUUUAUUUUGGCAACUACUCAACCUCAAAACUGUCCUCGAUUUUACCCAUUCUGAUGUUGAAAAUCAGCUGUUGUGAAUUUUUCUUGUUGGGUGGUGGAGAAAUGAGAAAGAAGACCUACGUAAUAUAUCAUUAUAUAUAUAUAUAUAUAAUCCUCGCAGAGAAGACUUAAGGUUACUGCAUCAUUAUGCAAUUUCCUUUUUCCUCUAAUAUUUUGGUUUCUUUUGUAUUCUAGUUUACAGAGGGGAAUAAUCAUCUUAUUUUUGGUUGUUUUUGUCGUAUUGGGGCGACCUUGUUUCUCUGAAAAACAAAGCAAGGCUAGUAUUUUUCUUUUUUAAGAGUACAUAGGCAUUUUGCAGUUAUUUGUAUAAUGAAAUGGGCAACAACGUCUGCCUAAUGUUUAUUUUUUUGUAACUAUAUUACAGUUUAUUUGCUGCUGUGUAGUACAGUUAACGGUCGGAAAUGCUGUCGAUGAAGAUGAUUUGGGAGGAGGGGGAUUGGGAAGCAGAUCUCAUGUGUUCUUAGUUUCCGAGUUGAACGAUGUUGUUUAUUAGCUUUACAUGAAAGAGAAAGAGUUAAAAAAAAUACUGUGGAGGUGUGUAUCCUUCGUAUGUGCAUUAUUUUUCAGCGACGUACGUCCCAUAUACGAAAAAAAAAAAAAGAGUUAAAAAAUGUGUUGGAAAUGGAAAAUCCUCCUUCUGUAAAUAAGGAAAACUCAAGUUGUCGCUUUUUUCAUGUUAUGAUCGGCGCCUCGGCAGGUGCCCCCCCUAUUUUUUUGUUUUUGUGUUACUUCCUUCUCUCUUUUCUUUCUCGUUUUUCCUCGUGGAGGGAAAGGGGGGCGGGAGCAGGCGAUUUGAGCAUCGGCAUAGUGUUUAUAUUUAUCAAAACUUUUUUGCUUUCGAUAGAGCUAUUGCAAUAAAAAUGUGUUCAUGUAA